UCUUUCGCGCACGAAGAAGAACAAUGCGGAAAUGACGUCACCAGGUUAACGCUAGUUUGCUAAUACAACAAACAAACGCCGUAAUUCUACAAAAAAAUAUCGUGUGUUUCUUCACUUUAGAGUCCAGUUCAUCUUGUUUGGACACACUUUUGUCUACUUUAAGUGGUCGACUGAGUCCAGAAAGUGCUCAUUCACGCCCUGUGUGUGCGGAGUUUAGCAUGAGUUAGCAUGGAAGCUAACAAGUUUAAAUCAUGGACUUUUUUAGCGAUGACGUCAUGUAGAAGUUUUUAAUCCGGUCGAGGUCUGAAGGAAUCCGUUCUGGUCGACUAAAGGUGGUGAGCCGCUCCUUGCCCGCCGGUGACGCUUGAUGGGGUUCCUCAGGGUCAUGAUGCCGCCCAAGUUUCAGCUUUUGGCUCUUUUGACGUUCGGAGUCACGAUGCUCUUCAUCGAGAACCAGAUCCAAAGACUGGACGAGUCCAGAGCAAAGUUAGAGCGCGCCAUGGCCAGACACGAGCUGGCGGCAGUGGCGGAGCCGCGUCACGGCGAAGAAGGCACUCGUGACUCAUCGGCGGACGACGACGCAGUGGUCAUCUACAACAGGGUGCCAAAGACGGCCAGCACGUCCUUCACCAACAUCGCCUACGACCUGUGCGCCAAGAACCGCUUCCACGUGCUGCACAUCAACACCACCAAGAACAACCCCGUCAUGUCUCUGCAGGACCAGGUGCGCUUUGUGCACAACGUCACCUCCUGGCGAGAGAUGAAGCCCGGCUUCUACCACGGCCACGUCGCCUACAUCGACUUCCCCAAGCACGGCGUAAAGGGCCAGCCGUUCUACAUCAACGUGGUGCGAGACCCCAUCGAGCGCCUGGUGUCGUAUUACUACUUCCUGCGCUUUGGCGACGACUACCGGCCCGGCCUGCGGCGAAGGAAGCAAGGCGACAAGAAGACAUUUGACGAGUGCGUGGCGUCAGGCGGCUCAGACUGCGCCCCUGAGAAGCUGUGGCUGCAGAUCCCCUUUUUCUGUGGCCACCAUUCAGAGUGCUGGAACGUGGGCAGCCGGUGGGCGCUGGAGCAGGCCAAGUACAACCUGGUGGAGCGCUACCUGCUGGUGGGCGUGACCGAGGAGCUGGAGGACUUCAUCAUGAUCCUGGAAGCCACUCUGCCGCGCUUCUUCAAGGGCGCCAGCGCACUCUACAAGACAGGCAAUAAGUCCCACCUGCGUAAGACCACGGAGAAGAAGCCCCCCGCCAAGGAGACCACCGCCAAGCUGCAGCAGUCCAAAGUCUGGAAGCUGGAGAAUGAGUUCUACGAGUUUGCGCUGGAGCACUUCCAGUUUGUGCGCGCCCACGCCGUCCGGGAGAAGGACGGCGAACUCUUGGCGCUCGCCCAGAGCUUCUUCUACGAGAAGAUAUACCCCAAAGCCAGCUGAGAAGCAGCAGACUGAAACUGAAACUGAAACUGAAAGUCGCAGGCUGGCGGAUUGUUGACAGUAAACUCUUCAUGCCUUGUUGCGCUGCCACAGGAUCUCUCUAGACACUUUUGAAAAUGGCUAAAAAUCUCAUGCUGGGGACUUUUGUACACCUUCUAUUUCUACACACUGGGACCAACUAUCACUGCAUGCCCUUGGUGCUCAGCUAGCACCUCAUGCCACUGAAUCAGUGCCAUUUGUUACCUUUCUCAGUCAUACUCACCCACCUGUGUCUCCUUGGUGACAAGGUGCCUUGGAUGCUGACAGGACUGAGAGUAGUUUCAACAACAAAACACAUUAGGUAAAAGGACUGAUAGUAGUUUCAACAACAAAAAACAUUAGGUAACAGGACUGAUAGUAGUUUCAACAACAAAAAGCAUUAGGUAACAGGACAAAUAGUAGUUUCAACAACAAAUAACCUCAAUAAGUAACAGGAAUGAUAGUAGUUUCAACAACAAAAACAUUAGGUAACAGGACUGAGUAGUUUCAACAACAAAAACACUAGGUAACAGGACUGAGUAGUUUCAACAACAAAAACAUUAGAUCGCAGGACUGAUAGUAGUUUCCACAACAAAAAACAGGUAACAAGACUGAUAGUAGUUUCAACAACAAAAAACAUUAGGUAACAGGACUGAUAGUAGUUUCAACAACAAAUAACCUCAUUAAGUAACAGGACUGAUAGUAGUUUCAACAACAAAUAACCUCAUCAAGUAACAGGACUGAUAGUAGUUUCAAAGAGAAAAAACAUUAGGUAACAGGACUGAUUGUAGUUUCAACAACAAAAAGCAUUAGGUAACAGGACUGAUAGUUUCAACAACAAAAAGCAUUAGGUAACAGGACAAAUAGUAGUUACAACAACAAAUAACCUCAAUAAGUAACAGGAAUGAUAGUAGUGUCAACAACAAAAACAUUAGGUAACAGGACUGAGUAGUUUAAACAACAAAAACACAAGGUAACAGGACUGAGUAGUUUCAACAACAAAACAUUAGAUCACAGGACUGAUAGUAGUUUCAACAACAAAACAUUAGGUAAAAGGACUCAUAGUAGUUUCAACAACAUAAAACAUAAGGUAACAGGACUGUUAGUAGUUUCAACAAAAAACGUAAGGUAACAGGACUGAUAGUAGUUUCAGCAACAAAAAACAUUAAGUAACAGGACUGAUGGUUGUUUCAACAAAAAACGUAAGGUAACAAGACUGAUAGUUUCAAGGAGAAAAAACAUUAGGUAACAGGACAGAUGUAGUUUCAACAACAAAAACAUUACAUAACAGGACUGAUAGUAAUUUCAAAACCAAAAAGCAUUAGGUAAAAGGACAGAUAGUAGUUUCAACAACAAAUAACCUCAUUAAGUAACAGGACUGAUAGUAGUUUCAACAACAAAAACAUUAGGUAACAGGACUGAUAGUACUUUCAACAACUACAAAAACAUUAGGUAACAGGACUGAAAGUACCUGGAGUGAGUUAUUAAGCAUAUAAUUACUAAAUACACUGAAUAUUGAUGGGUGACAUUUAUGCAAAUAACAUGUAAACACUCAAUACAUCUGCGAUGAAGUGGCGACCUGUCCAGGGUGUACACCGCCUUCUGCCCGAUUGUAGCUGAGAUAGGCACUAGCGCCCCCCGCGACCCCAAAGGGAAUAAGCGGUAGGAAAUGGAUGGAUGGAUGGAUAGAUGGGCACUCAAUACAUAAAAUAGUUUCAACAAAAACACUAUUGGGUAACAGGACUGAUAGUAGCGUGAAUGAGUUAUUAUGCAUAGAAUUUAAAAAUGCAAUAAAAAUUGCGAUGGCAUUCAUGCUAAUAACAUGUUGACUAAAACGAUACAUUGUUUCAACAAAAAAUAAUAAGUAACAUGACUGAAAGUAACAUGAGGGAGAUAUUAAGCAUAGCAUUUAGAAAUGCAUUAAAUGUUGUGAUGGCAUUUCUGCUAAUAACAUGUUGACACUAAAAACUUUACGUUGCCCAUCCAUCCAUGUUCUACCACUUGUCCCUUACGGUUUGGCGGGGUACACCCUGUACAAGUUGCCUGCUCAUCGCAGAACUUUACAUUGUUACAACAAAAACACUAUUAGGUAACAUGACUGAAAGUAACUGGAGUGAGUUUUUAAGCAUACAACGAACAUAAACACUAAAUGUUGACAAAUGACAUUUAUGCUAAUUAAUUUAGUAUUUAGUUAAGUUACAAUAAAAAGUAAUUUAGGUAACAGGAAUGAGUUUUCAGAAGAGAAAAUAUAGCCACAGGGAAUAUUUUCUAAUAGCAUGUCGGCACUAAAAACAUGACAUUGUUUCAACAACAAAAACAUAGGCAACAGGACUGAAAGUAACAGGAGUAAGAUUUUAAGCACAACAUUUGAAAAUGCAUUAAACAUUGUGAUGGCAUUUAUGAUAAUAAAAUGUUGACACUAAAUCCUAAUUUUGCUUGGUCUAUGCUUAAUAACUCACUCAUGUUACUUUCAGUCCUGUUGCCUAAUGUUUUUUUUGUUGUCACAAUGGAAAGGAUUCAAUGUUUACUUAAAAGUAUAAGUAAACAUUGAAUCCUUUCCAUUGUGAUAACAAAAACACUAUUGGGUAACAGGACUGAAAGUAACAGGAGUGAGUUAUUAAGCAUAGAAGGAGCAAAUACACAAAAUAUUGACGGAUAACAUUAUUGCUAAUAGGGUUUGUAAAAAAGUAAUUUAGGUAACAGGAGUGAGUUUUUAGAAAAUAAAAUAUAAACACAGGGCAUCUAUGCUAAUAAUAUGUUGACACUAAAACACUACAUUGUUCACCAAAAUAAUAGGUAACAGGAGUGAGCUUUAAGCAUAGGAUUAGCAAAUACAGUAAAUGUAGCCACAAGGCAUCUUUGCUGAUAACAUGUCGACACAAAACACAUUACGUUGUUCCAACAUUAAACAAGUUAGGUAACAGGACUGAAAGUAACAGGUGUGAGUUUUUUUUAGCAUAGAAUUAGCAAAUACGUAAUUUAUAGCCACAUGGCAUUUAUGCUAACAGCAUGUUGGAAGAAUGAUUAAACAGACAAAAAACAGGUAACAGGACAGAGUAGCAGGACUGAGUUAUUAAGCAUAGAAGGAGCAAAUACACAAAAUAUUGACGAUAACAUUAAUGCUAAUAGCAUCUAAACAAGUGUUUCAACCAAAACUAAUUUAGGGAACAGGUGAGUUUUUAGAAAAGAAAAUAUAGCCACAGGGCAUUUACGCUAAUAACAUGUUGACACUAAAACCAUAAUUUUGUUUCAACAAAAAAUAAUAGGUAACAGGUCUGAAAGUAACAGGAAUACGAUUUUAAGCAUAGCAUUUAAAAAUGCAUUAAAUUUUGUGAUGGCAUUAAUGCUAAUGAAAUGUUGACACUAAAUCUUAAUUUUGCUCGUUUUUUGCUUAGUAAGUCACUCCUGUUACUUUCAGUCCUGUUACCUAAUCGUAUUUUUGUUGUAACAAUGGAAAGGAUUCAAUGUUUACUUAUAAAGUGUUUCCAUUGUUACAACAGACAACAAUUAUGCAACAGGGCUGAAAGUAACAGGAGUGAGUUAUUAAGCACAGAACGGGCAUAAUAACUCACUCCUGUUACUUUCAGUUCUGUUACCAAUGUUUUUUGUUGUAACAAUGGAGAUGAUUACAUUUUUACUUAUACUAAUAAGUAAGCAUUGAAUCCUUUCCAUUUGACAGUAAAAACAUUUUUUUUUCAACAAAAAAUAAUAGGUAACAGGACUGAAAGUAACAGGAGUAAGGUCUUAAGCAUAGCAUUUUAAAAUGUAUUACAUUUCGUGAUGGCAUUUAUGCUGGUAAAAUGUUGACAGUAAAUCAUGUCAUUGUUACAACAAAAAAACAAUUAGGUAACAGGACUGAAAUUAACAGGAGUGAGUUAUCAAGCAUAGAAUGAGCAAAUACACAAAUAUUGAAAGGUAACAUUAAUGCUAUUAGCAUGUAAACAGUAUUUCAACAAAAAAUUAUUUAGGCAACAGGAGUGAGUUUUUAGAAAAUAAAAUAUAGCCACAGGGAAUUUAUGCUCAUAACAUGUUGACACAAAAAAAGAUUACACUCUUUCAACAAAAAAUGAUAGGUAACAGGAGUGAGUAUUAAGCAUUGGAUUAGCAAAUACAAUAGAUAUAGCCACAAGGCAUCUUUGCUGAUAACACCUAUGUGUGUCAACAUUAAACAAGUUAGGUAACAGGACUGAAUGUCACAGGUGUGAGUUUUUUGUCGUAGAAUUAGCAAAUACAUAACUUAUAGCCACAUGACAUUAAUGCUAACAGCAUGUUGACGGGAUGAUUCAACCCCCCCCCCCCCCCCCAAAAAAAAACAGGUAACAGGACUGAAAGUAACAGGAGUAAAGUCUUAAGCAUAGCAUUUUAAAAUGUAUUAAAUUUCGUGAUGGCAUUUAUGCUAGUAAAAUGUUGACAUUAAAUCAUGUCAUUGGUACAAUAAAAAACAAUUGGGCAACAGGACUGAAAGUAACAGGAGUGAGUUAUCAAGCAUAGAAUGAGCAAAUACACAAAUAUUGAAAGGUAACAUUAAUGCUAUUAGCAUGUAAACAUUAGUAUUUCAACAAAAAAUAAUUUAGGUAACAGGAGUGAGUUUUUAGAAAAUAAAAUAUAUCUACAGGGAAUUUAUGCUCAUAACAUGUUGACACAAAAAAAAUUACAUUGUUUCAACAAAAAAUGAUAGGUAACAGGAGUGAGUUUUAAGCAUUGGAUUAGCAAAUACAAUAGAUAUAGCCACAAGGCAUCUUUGCUGAUAACACCUAUGUGUGUCAACAUAAAACAAGUUAGGUAACAGGACUGAAUGUCACAGGUGUGAGUUUUUUGUCGUAGAAUUAGCAAAUACAUAACUUAUAGCCACAUGACAUUAAUGCUAACAGCAUGUUGACGGGAUGAUUCAACCCUCCCCAAAAAACCAGGUAACAGGACUGAAAGUAACAGGAGUUGGUUUCAGCACAGAACUAGCACAUACAUGACAUUUAGUAUCAUGACAUGUUAACAGCAUGAUGACAAACACAACAGUGAUUCAACAGUCAAAAGCAAUUAAGGUAACAGGACUGAGCUGAGAUUUUUUAAGCAAACAAAAUAAACGAGUGAACCUAAUUUUGUUCUUCCCGUGCCGUGCAGAUAAUGUGAUGAUGCAACUUCCUGUGGACUAGUCCACUUUGUGUUAGGUAACAGGACUGAGUCAAAUCCAGAGACAUGACUAACGUGUGAAUUAAACCGUUUUUUUUGUCAUUAUAUUUCACUUUUGAUGAUAUAUAUAUAUAUAUAUAUAUAUAUAUAUAUAUAUAUAUAUAUAUUUAUAUAUAUAUAUAUAUAUAUAUAUAUAUAUAUAUGCAAUCAGAUCAAUGUGCAGGACACUUUGAUGACAAGAAUUUCUACCAUUUCAUUGUACUUUUUCUUUUCUGAGGUGACAAAUGGCACCAAUUCAGUGAUAUGUCUCACACGAACCAUCAUGUGAAGGACACUUCUCCAUCCAAAGUCGAUAUUGGUCGGAUAUCAGCAAAACAAGUUUUGGAUGAUAUCGGCUUGCAUACCAAAUGUGCGAUACAAGCAGUUCAACAGCGUGUUUACUUUUUGUUUUCAGUCAAGUUAUUCACAAAUGGUAAACAUUGUAGGCUAUAGACGACUAGCAGCUACACAACAGCUAAGCACACUAUAGCACACACGUAAUAAUCAUAGCACAAUACUGCAUGGUCAAUACAAACACGUUUUAAAUGACUAUAGUUGCAUUAUGCUUUCACGUAACAAACGUGUCCGCGUCAUUCAAUUUGCUUAACUUAAUGAAUUAUGGUGGCCUUAACCACUCCACUUCAACUGAAAGACAGCAUAAGUCCACACGCACACUCAUUAAAUGGACUAGUUCUUCACCGUAUGACGACGCUUCUCCAUCCAAUGUCGAUAUUGGUCUGAUAUCAGCAAAACAAGUAUCGGAUGAUAUCGGCUUGCAAUGGUAAACAUUCUAGGCUACUCGCAGCUACACAACAGCUAAGCACACUAUAGCACACACGUAAUAAUCAUAGCACGGUAUCGCAGUGUCAACAUAAGUUUUUCAUGUCUAUAGUUGCAUAUUGCUUCCACGUAUCUAGUAACAAACGUGUCCGCGUCAUUCAAUUUGCUUAACUUAAUGAAUUAUUGUGGCCUUAACCACUCCACUUCAACUAAAAGACAGCACAAGUCCAUACCAGACGGUUAUUAGUAGUAGGUUUGACUCAUUUCAUGCUGCGAAAUAAUGAUAGUAUGUAUGAUCCAUGCUGAUAUCGGAUCAGUAUCGGCUGAAAUUCAAGACUCGGUUUAUAUCGGUAUGGUAUCGGAAGUGGCAAAAGUUGUGUCGGGACACCCCGAGUAGAAAAUUGUCUCUUAAGAGAAGAUCGUGUCUCGUGUCCUUCAUCUUCCCACUACAGUCGUACCUCGCCAUACGACAUUAAUUGGUUCCGUGGAAAAUUCGUAUCGCCCAUUGAGAUGAAUUCAAAUCAAAGCUUGUCAGAAAAACGAUGCAAGAAAUUAAAUUUUAUGAUGUAAUGUAAUUAUAUACAGUAUUUACAUUGGAGAGUGGACUUUGGCUGCUUCUCUGUCAAACACACCAUCCGCAGCUUCUCCAUAUUGUCAUGGAUGCACGUUGGCAGUUUAGAUAUUAUUUUUAACGUCCUUGGCCGCCGACUCGUUCUGCUCCAGUACGAUGCAGACCUGCACUGCUACCAAGUUAGCAAGCUCCACGCUCCGUCAUGGUUGUUGAUGAUUUAUUUCUUGAAUUCAAUGCAUGUCAUCCACUCCAAUGUUUUUUUUUUUUCUUUUGGAUGCAGGAUUUCACAGUAUUUUGUACAAUAAAAAAAAAAUAGUACUCUUAGCAAAUUUUGCUGUGACGUUGCCAUAAAUGACACUACCUUUA